GGCGCUCGAAUGUGAAGAUUCUCCGCGGCUCCGGGGACCCAGAGAGGCGGCGACACGGCCGAUGACAACAUUAGGCCGCGACGCGCUCCGGGCCGGGCGGUGGUGGUAGCGGCAGCCCCAGCGGCUGCAGCGUUAGCUUUCGCCGCGGCGGCAAGCGCCCCCGGUUCCCCACAGCCCGAGGCAGGUGGGGGCCCGCCCCGGCCGGUGGACCGCGGGCCGGAGUUCCCGCCCCCCCGGAGCGGCGAGCCGGCAGCGCCUCCGCGGCGGUGAGACCGAGCCCUCGGUCUGGGCUGCCUUCCCAGCUUCCGCCGGCGACGGGGGCCGAGAGAAGUUGAGGUCGGACCGGACGCGUGCAGGGCCCCAGAAGAACCGGCCCUCUGGGCCCCCGCCAAUCCGGGGGCUGCGCACCGAAUUUCCAGAUUCACAGGAUGAAUAAACAUUAGUGGAAAGAGAAGCAUAAACCUAUCUUCUUUCACUAUGGAGGCAGGUUUGACAGAUGGAGAACCUGACCGAAUUCUGAUCUUGCCAUAUUCAGAAGUUGCUGAAGGUGAAGAGACACUUCUUGGUGAUAGCAAAGAUGUCCUUGGCCCACCAACUGUUAUAGCAAACAGUGAAGAAUCUCAACUUCUGACUCCAGGAAAGAUGAGUCAGCGCCAAGGGAAAGAAGCUUAUCCAACUCCAACCAAAGACUUGUGUCAGCCAUCUUUCAGUCCUGCAAGCCUUCAUAGUCAGGGUUUUGAAAGAGGAAGGGAAGACAUUUCUCAAAAUAGAGAUGACUCUUCACUUUCUAUGUCAAAGAGCAAGUCUGAAUCUAAACUUUAUAAUGGCUCGGAGAAGGACAGUACAGCUUCAAGCAAGCUCACAAAAAAAGAAUCUCUCAAGGUGCAAAAGAAAAAUUACCGAGAAGAAAAGAAAAGAGCCACAAAGGAGUUACUCAGUUCAAUCACAGAUCCUUCUGUUAUUGUCAUGGCUGAUUGGUUGAAGAUACGUGGUACUCUAAAGAGCUGGACCAAGUUGUGGUGUGUUUUGAAACCUGGGGUGCUACUGAUCUAUAAAACCCAAAAAAAUGGUCAGUGGGUAGGAACAGUCCUGCUGAAUGCCUGUGAAAUCAUUGAGCGCCCAUCAAAAAAGGAUGGCUUUUGUUUCAAACUUUUUCAUCCUUUGGAGCAAUCUAUUUGGGCAGUGAAGGGUCCAAAAGGUGAAGCAGUUGGAUCCAUAACUCAGCCCUUACCUAGCAGUUACUUGAUCAUCCGAGCUACUUCAGAGUCAGAUGGAAGGUGCUGGAUGGAUGCUUUGGAGUUGGCUUUGAAAUGUUCUAGUCUUCUUAAACGUACAAUGAUCAGGGAAGGGAAGGAACAUGACCUGAGCAUUUCAUCAGAGAGCACACAUGUGACUUUGUAUGGCUUAUUACGUGCUAACAAUCUUCACAGUGGUGACAACUUCCAGUUAAAUGAUAGUGAAAUUGAACGACAGCAUUUUAAGGACCAAGAUAUGUAUUCUGAUAAAUCCGAUAAAGAAAAUGAUCAAGAGCAUGAUGAGUCUGACAAUGAGGUGAUGGGGAAAAGUGAAGACAGUGACACAGAUACAUCAGAAAGGCAAGAUGACUCAUACAUCGAACCUGAGCCUGUCGAGCCUCUAAAGGAGACCACCUACACUGAACAGAGCCAUGAGGAACUCGGAGAGGCAGGUGAGGCUUCUCAAACAGAAACUGUGUCUGAAGAAAACAAAAGCCUUAUCUGGACACUGCUGAAACAAGUCCGUCCUGGUAUGGACCUGUCCAGGGUGGUUCUGCCUACAUUUAUUUUGGAACCUCGUUCUUUCCUGGAUAAACUUUCAGAUUAUUACUAUCAUGCAGAUUUUCUGUCUGAGGCUGCUCUUGAAGAAAAUCCUUAUUUCCGUUUGAAGAAAGUAGUGAAAUGGUAUUUGUCAGGAUUCUAUAAAAAGCCAAAGGGACUGAAGAAACCUUAUAACCCUAUACUUGGUGAGACUUUUCGUUGUCUGUGGAUUCACCCCAGAACAAACAGCAAAACUUUUUAUAUUGCUGAACAGGUGUCCCAUCACCCACCAAUAUCUGCCUUUUAUGUUAGUAACCGAAAGGACGGAUUUUGCAUUAGUGGUAGUAUCCUGGCUAAGUCUAAGUUCUAUGGAAACUCAUUAUCUGCAAUAUUAGACGGAGAAGCACGAUUAACUUUCUUGAAUAGAGGUGAAGAUUAUGUAAUGACAAUGCCAUAUGCUCAUUGUAAAGGAAUUCUUUAUGGCACAAUGACACUGGAGCUUGGUGGAACAGUCAAUAUUACAUGUCAGAAAACUGGAUACAGUGCAGUACUUGAAUUUAAACUAAAGCCAUUUCUAGGUAAUAGUGACUGUGUUAACCAAAUAUCAGGGAAACUUAAACUGGGAAAAGAAGUCUUAGCUACUUUGGAAGGCCAUUGGGAUAGUGAAGUUUUUAUUAAUGACAAAAAGACUGACAAUUCAGAGGUAUUCUGGAAUCCAACACCAGACAUUAAGCAAUGGAGAUUAAUAAGGCACACUGUAAAAUUUGAAGAGCAGGAAGACUUUGAAUCGGAGAAACUUUGGCAGCGAGUAACUCGAGCCAUAAAUGCAAAAGACCAAACAGAUGCUACUCAAGAGAAGUACAUUUUAGAGGAAGCUCAAAGACAAUCUGCCAGAGAUCGGAAAACAAAAAAUGAAGAGUGGACUUGCAAGUUAUUUGAACUUGAUCCACUUACAGGAGAAUGGCAUUACAAGUUUGCAGAUACUCGACCAUGGGACCCACUUAAUGAUAUGAUACAGUUCGAAAAAGAUGGUGUUAUCCAGACCAAAGUGAAACAUCGCACUCCAAUGGUUAGUGUCCCAAAAAUGAAACAUAAGCCAACCAGACAACAGAAGAAAGUGGCAAAAGGCUAUUCAUCUCCAGAACCUGAUAUCCAGGACUCAUCUGGAAGUGAAGCUCACCCAGUAAAACCAAGUACAAGAAGAAAGAAAGGGAUAGACUUGGGAGACAUUCAAAAUUCCAUUGAAUCCAUAAAACAAGCACAGGAAGAAAUUAAAAGAAAUAUUACGGCUCUUCGAAAUCAUUUAGUUUCAAGCGCACCUACCACGGAUUAUUUUUUGCAACAAAAAGACUACUUCAUCAUUUUCCUCCUGAUUUUUCUUCAAGUUGUAAUAAACUUCAUGUUUAAAUAGCUCUUUACAGUGAAUCAAUGAACUGGAAUGAUCAGAUUCGGCCUGGGAUCAAUGUUCAAGUUGGUUCGGUUUUAUUAAUACAUCACUAUAUUUCGAAACAAAACCUUAGAGAUAAAUGCAGAGGUGUUGAUCUUUCAUACCUUUUAUCCUUAACCUGAAACGAGCUAGUCUGUUUGGUUAUUAAAGUGAGCUAUGUGUUACGUGCCAGAACAUUUCUAGCUUUUGUGAGAAUGUGUCUACAUGUGAGUAUAAUAAAUCCACAUGUAUACACAACUGUGUCUUAUGUAUACCUGAUAGUAAGUCUUUGUAUUCUAUAAUAUGUUCUGAGAUAUAGCACUAAUGGUCAUAACAAAAAUGUUAUCAAUAUUAUAAAUAUAUGUGUAGUAACUAUUUUCUUCAUAACAGGCACAAACUUUUAUCAAUAAGGAAUUACAAAAUAGAAAAUGAUGGGAUAAUAAACAUAUUAUAAUAAUAGUUCAAUACACUCUAGUGUUUAAAAAAUAAUUUCCCCAAAAAAUAAAUAAAUAAAUAAAUCAUUUUCCAAGCCCCCAGCUCAAUUGUCUUCUUAGAUAAAGCAAGAAAAAGAGUGGUCAAAAUUGAUAUAUUGAGAGACAUGAGGUGGCAACUUGCUUUUUUUAAAGUUUACACAAGAUUUUUUUUUUUUUUUUGGACCCUUGAAUUUAGUAUUUAUAGAUAAAGGUACAAAUGUAUACAGGUGUAUAUCAAUAUAAAAAUGGUAUACAGCUACUUGGAUCUGUUGAUUGUAUCUUUCUUAUAUCUGUAUAAUAUUACCUUAAGCACUUGCUGAUAAAAGUGUGGUCAAAAUUGGUUGCUGUCCUUUUUUCUUAUUUUUGUUUUUUUAACUCAAUCUGAUAACACAGGCCAAAAUCUAGAGAUAUAUAUAUGGCAGCAAAUUUCAGGCUUUUUCAUCUGAUGGCACCCAUAAACUAAUUACUAAAAUUCUGCAGCACACCAAAAAAUAUAUAUUUUGCUGAUCUGACAAAAAGUAGAUAUAAUUUUGAUUCAUUUACACUGAACAGCUGUUGUAUUGGCUGUUGUCAUUUUUUAUUUGAAGGAAAAAGAGGUCAGUGCCCCUGACUAAAUAAAUAGUCAAAUAUUGCAUGUUUUAAAAAUUCUUGCAGAAAAACAAAAUCUGUGGCACACCAGUGUGCCUGCCACAGCACACCGGUUGAAAAUUGUAAUUAUAAGGCAUAUAAAAUGCUGAUAAUUCAUGGGUUUUUUUUUCAUUAUGAAGAACUUACUUUAGCUUUCAUUUAGACUCUAGUGUGCUCAGUGAAUAAAUAGGAGAAAUUAUAACCAACAUUUUACUUCAAAAGCCAAAUAAAAGAAAGAUGCUUUGUGUGGUGGCAUUUAUGUGUACAAUAAAAUUGGUUUCUUUAAAAUGUGCAAUAAGUUGAGCAUCUAAGAAGAGCAUCAAGUUCUGAAGUUUAAUUUUUUAUUCUCCUUGGUUCUUAGUAACUUCAUUCUGUUACAAAACCAUAAUUCUUCAGGAUUUCUUUUCAGACAAACUUUUCCUACUUUUCAGAUUCAUAUUUUUACUUUGUUUUUUACAUAAAUGUAGUCCUCAAAAGCAAUUUUUAUAAAUAUAAGUUAAGUUUAGGAACAUGUUCUAAGACAUACCUUAGAAACCUAAAAAUAUCAAUUUUGAAAAUAAAGGCAGAAUAAUUGCUCUGGCUACAUUUGCCUUUGACUGAGAAGAGACUGUUAGACACUAGUAAAAUUACAAUCAGCUGUUUAAUGCCAUGAUAAAUAUAAAAUCAAAGAAUGGUUGCUAAAUUAUGAAAAUUGAAAAUUAUAAAGAGCCUGCUUCCCCCUCUCUCCCAACCAUUAUAGCUAUCUUAAAUAUUCUAAGGUUUUAUGAAGAGCCAUUUCCUGUGUAUUUUUGGCAAAACAAUGUAUGUGCAUGUAAAACGUUGUUUAAAUUGAUUAAAACAUAAAUAAGAUGUACCUAUACCUAGUAUAAGUAUAGGUAUAAUGUGACUACACUAGAACAAGUGGGGGUUUUUUGCUUGUAUUUCAUUCUUGUCAAUACAAUUUUUGUACUCUCUGUUACCAAUGUUAUGCUCAACUGCCUAUUCACUGAUAUAUAUUUUGUAAAUAUUGUACAAUUUGAUCUUUUUUAUGGUUUAAAUUAGUAUUAAUUUAUAUUACAUAUAACUUAAUUGGCUGAUCACAAAGUCAUUUCAUCAUUAAACCCUGAAAACUUAAAAUUUUUGUUGAUAACCCCCUUUUGGGGUUUUAGUCUUAUCCGCUUGUGGGUUAUUUACACUUGGUCUAAAUAGUGUUUAUUUGUAUAGGUAUCUUCUAAGACUGGAAAUGUAGUUAUUUUCUUUACUUUUUUUAUUUUCCUUUAGGGCAGAUGUUAUGGGUUCCGAUUACCCAACGAGUCAGAAACUAUUUCAAUGAGAAAGCAGGGUUACUUAUGACUGUUCCUUAUACACUAAAAGCAUAUAUCUAAUCCAAAGGUCUUCUGAUGCUUUUAGUUGUAUGAGUUCCUUUCUGCAAACUGAACACAAAACUCAGGAAUUGGUGGCUUAGUUUUAGAUCAAUGCUUAUACCAGGUUUAGUAUGUGAAUCUUUUAAAACACAAAAUUAACUUUGUAGUUAGCCAUAUAUGUUAUUGACUUUGAAUGUUCUCUACCUGGAAUUACUCUUCCUUCACACAUGGAUUCAUAAAAAUUGUGAUUUACAGUUCUCAGUUGUCUGAGAACUUUAUAAUGAUUUCUAUGAUUUAAGAUCUUAUGUCCUGUUUAUUUUCAUUUGAUCAAAAACUGUAUUUUUUCACAAUUUUUGAAAAUUUAGGUAAUAAUUGACAUGUGCAUUUCUAUUUUGGUUGUUAAGUGUAUUAUGCUUUCAGUUAUUCACCAUUUAAUGAGGGGUAACUGGCCCAGGAAAAGACAAUAAACAGGGCAUGUGAAAUAAGUACGUUUCAGCAAUAGAUAUUUACUGUAUUUCAUGUCAGUACUUUUUGUAUCAUUUAUAAAGUGUAAACUUUGUCACCAUUCCAUUGAAAAAGUUGGCCUUGUAAAAUACAACUCUCAUUUAGUAGUAUCACGCUUUUGUGCCUUUAAGAAAAUACUUUUACUCAUUUUGUGUUACAAAACUAUAUAAUAUGAUUCAAAGUGUUUAUAGGCUUAAGUGUCAUAAAGGGUCAUUUCUCUUUGUCACCUUAUUUCCUUUUAUAUAGCUAAGUAUAUUUCAAUGGUAAUGCUGUACUUUUAUAAGGGUUUGUUUAUUUACCUAUUUCAAAUAUAUUCUUCACUCUCAGACUCAUUGAAGUAGACUUGUGAGAUUAUUCUGAGUAUUGUAAGCAGUGCCUUUCCGAUGGAAUUCACACUGUUUUGGGUGUCAACUUGUGCCAUAAAUAUACAAAAUUCUUUGAAAGGCGGUUUUAACUUUUUGAAGACUUAUCUUAGUCAAAUAUUUAAGAAAAUAAAUGUAUAAAAUUCCA